AACAAUUGGAUAAUGAAAGAAGGCACAACAUAUGAAUAAUUGUCUAUAUAAACUUUUAAAAAUCCUCAAUAAUCCCAAAAAAAUUGAACUUUUUGUAGUUGAAUUAUUAGAAGAAUUUUGAUCCAAAAAUCCCCAUAUAACAACUUAAACCUUUUUCUUGAUUUAAAGUUUGAAUAUUUUUUUCAGUUACGAUUCAUAUAGCAGACUCUAACCUUUUUUGAAUUGAGUUGCUACUUCAAUUUUUUUAAAAUUGCAGCGCGACUUCAACUUUCUUGGAAUUGAGGCGUAAUUGUUAUUAUUUUGUUGUUGUAAACAAAUGGAUAUUAUUUUGCAAGAAGAUGAUGGUAUUUUAGUGCCACCUGUUAAUUUCUCAGCAGUGGAAGAUAACUGCAUUUAUAGAUCUGGUUUCCCUCAGUCCUCCAAUUUCUCAUUUUUGCAAUCACUCAAUUUGAGCUCUAUCAUAUGUUUGUGUCCAGAGCCUUAUCCUGAAAAGAAUUUAGAGUUUCUUCAAUUUAACAAAGUAAAGCUUUUCCAAUUUGGAAUGGAUGGAACCAAGGAGCCAUCGACUAUGUCGAGGAGUGCUAUAACAGAGGCUUUGAAAGUGUUAACAGAUGUUAGAAACCAUCCAGUUCUUAUCCACUGCAAGCGCGGAAAGCAUCGAACAGGUCGCAUUGUUGGUUGCUUAAGGAAAUGGCAGAAUUGGUGUUUGUCUUCAGUGAUGGACGAGUACAAGCAUUUUGCUGGUGCGAAAUGGAGGGAAACAGAUGUGAGAUUUCUCGAGACUUAUGAUGUUUCGUGCGUAAGGCAUUGCCUCGAGAGCAUUAUCUACACGAAUUAUGGUUCAACGAAAAGAUGCUUUUUAUGUAUAGAAGAAAUUCUGCAGAAACCUCUGAUGACUUCUGUUCUAUAGAGGCACUAUAUCCAUCCUUAUUGUAUUUUGAAGGAAUCGGAUAUUCUUUUGUUCGUUCAGUUGUAGAAAUCCGUUACUAAGUGAAAAGUUAUGUCUGGUUCUUAGUAACAAUACGCGACCUCUCCUCUUUUACUUCACCAAUUGUUCCUAAUGGAAGGAUAUCAAUUCAGAGAUAACGUUGAUUGUU